GGAGAAACGCGUCUGAAACAGAUGGCCAAAGCAAUGGAAGCAGAGGACAAGGGUGUUCCCAUAUUUGUGACUACAAAUGUGGAUACUAAUCUCGUUAUUUCUUCAUCACCAUCCGAUACAGUGGCUACCCUUAAAGAGUUUGGAUUUGAUCCAACAAAGCCUCUUGAGGAUGCAAACCCUCUUGGAAAGAUCAGUUUCGGUGGUGAAACUAUCCACCCUAGCUGAUGUUGGCUGAGUCACACAGAUUUGGCAACUGGAUUCAAUGUAUGGAGUUUUGGAAAUGUGUUGAAGUAUCUUUCGGACAAAGUUGCAAAACAAUAAGGAAAAAUAAGGAACGGGCAUUUGUUUUGCUUCCCUCAUUUUGGGGACAUAGAGAUUGGAACUUUGAUGGUGGAACACAAAUCUUUGGUUUAUCAUCUUCCUGAUUCAAUCUUUGUUGAAACUGUUUUUCAUGGGUCAAAUGGAAUGCGGUAUCUUUUAGCUGAAGUCUCUGGAUCAGACUUUUGUAAUGCACAGGAAUAUAAAAUUUUGAGUGGCAAAGAUGGAAAUCUUGGGAUGUUGGCAAAAACUGAAAAUGGUGAGUUUGACAGGCAUUUUGAUAAGAAAUCUAAUGGAACUAGUUUAGAUGUACACAAUGGAAAAUCAAAGAAAAAGAAAAAACUCAAACUAGUCACUGAGGGUCUCCAUGUCAAGGAAGGCCACGAUAAGAAUAAUGUGGGAUAUACAGAUUUGGUUGCAGCGAUAGAUGGAAAGGUUGUGGCUAAUGAUGAAUUUGGAAAAGAUCCAACAAAUCCAGACAGUGGGGAUAAAAUCACCGAUUCCAAGGGUGGCAGGAAAAGAAAGAAGAGGGAGAAACAGCUUGAUCUCAAUGAAGAUUUGGCUGAGUGUAUUUUGUCACCUUGUAAGGAAAAGAGUAAACGGGAACAGGUCACAGCAAAAAUAGAAAAUAUUGUUCACUGCUCAUCUGAAUGGAAGAACAUUGAAAUGGAUAAAAACUCUCCAGUGGGGCAUUUAACUGUAUCAGAGAAAGUGCGUACAUUGGACUCUUUGAAUGAUAAUGGUACUCAAAAUGUAUUAAUGGCAGUAGAGAAGUGUGAACAGAAAAAUCUUAAUGGAAAUACUCACACAAAUGCUGGCAAUGAGCAUGUAACAGUUAAAGAACUUUGUACAGCAAGAAAACAUGAAACAAGUAAAAAAUUGAGUACCGAAAGAAAACAUGAAACAAGUUCAAAGAUUUUUAAUGAACAAAACUCAUUGAAUGAAACUGAAAAAAAUUCAAAUGUGUUGCAAAGGAAAACUGAUGAUUCUACGGAAUUCAAUACAGAAAAAAAGAUUAAAUUUAAAAGAAAGAGAUCAUCAAAGACUGUUGUUGAAGAUGACCAAGGAAUUUUCUGUAAUGAUGUUAGUGAUCCAUGUCAAAUCACUAAGCAUGGUCAUCUUCAAGAAUUUGGAAAUGGGAAAACUGAAGAAGACUCUGCUAGGGAAUGUGAUAUAGUAAAGAAGUCUAAGCGUGAGAUAAAAAUGGUUUCGAAGCAUGGCCUUGGUAAUAAUGACCAUGAUCUUUCUAGUAAACGUGUUGAUGAUGAGCCUCAAUUGAUCAGUCACACUCAUUUUUUGGAAUAUAAAUGUUGCAAACCAGAGGAAGUGGUUGGGAAAUGCCCUGGUGCUUCAAAUGUGUCUGACACAAAUGGUCUGACAAACAAUGUUAUGAGUGAAACUGUCAAAUAUUUGGAUGCCUCUAACGAUACAGAAAAUCAUCAGCCUUGUAUUAUCACAAAGAAGAAGAAAAUGAAACAUUCAAGGAAUGAUAUGACCUGGGUAGAUGUUCAGGAAAGAAUUACCACAGAGAAAGUACCAAAAAAUGACAUAACUGUGAACUCUAGCAAAGAUGAAAGAGAUGUAAACAUGCUGGAUGCUGGAAAUAAAAAUAGAAGGGACAUUCAUUAUGAAAAUGGAAGUGUGAGAUAUGCACAUCAUUCAAAAAAUAAUGCUUGCAGAGAUCUUGAACACAUUACAGAGCCAAUACAAAUUCCAACUAUGAUGAACAAUGAACAAUGUAAUGCUGAGGAAGUAAAAUCCUCAAAGAAAAUCCCAUCCAAGAUAAACCGACACAGGACUACCAAGGUUGUGGAAAGAGAGAUGGAUGAAGUGGUUGCAAAAGGUAGUCACUCAGAGCAGAAAGCAGGAGAUCUUGAACAUGUCCCAGAGACAUUAGGAGCUACACCUCCAGAAAAUGAUCAGAAAUGUAAUGAUAAAGAGAUCAAAUCCUCAAAGAAAAACUCAUCAAAAGUAUGCCAAGAGAAAACCUUCAACAUUGAAAAAAGAGGGAUAGAGGAAGGGGUAAUUAAAAGUCCUGGUGCUCCAAUUGUGUCUGACAAUAAUGGUCAGGCAAACAAUGAUAUGAAUGGAUCUGUCAAAUAUUUGGAUGUCUCUAACAAUACAGAAAAUCAUCAGCUCUGUAAUAUCACAAGGAAGAGGAAAACAAAACAUUCAAGGAAUGAUAUGACCUUGGUAGAUGCCCAGGAAAAAAUUACUACAGAGAAGGUAAAAAAAGAUGACAUAAUUGUGAACUCUAGCAAAAGUGAAAGAGAUGUAAGCAUACUUGAUGUUGGAAAUGAAAAUAGAAGAGACACUCCUGGUGAAAAUGGAAGAGUGAAAUAUCCGAAUGUGCGUCAUUCAAAAAAUAACGCCGCAACAGAUCUUGAACAUGUUACAGAGACAAAAGGAACUACAUCUAUGGGGAACAAUGAAGACUGGAAUACUGAGAAAGUAAAAUCCUCAAAGAAUAGCCCAUCCAAAAUAAUCCAAGACAGGACUACAAAGGUUGUGGAAAGAGGAAUGGAUGAAGUGGUUGCGAAAGGUAGUAACUCUAAGAAGAAUGCAAGGGAUAAAGAAAAGAAACAAAAAGAUAUUCAUUUUUCUUCUGAAACCUCACCUUUCUGCAGAAAGAAGGCUGCAGAUAGUGGGUUCAAAUCAAAGAGUUCUGCUGUCCCUGAAGGUUCUAAUACAAAUCAGUCGCUAAAAGACAGACAUGCUAACAGUGCUGUAGUUAAAAAUGACCAAAAAAUAAAAGGAUCUGCAGAUGUUGAUUGUAAGGUAGAGAAGACAACAAUCCCUCAAUUUGACACAAACAAUACAAACUAUUCAUUGAGACCCGAUGAAGAUACUGGUAUUCGGGGCCAUAAGUUUCAGUCCACAGCUCAAGAUUGCAGUCAGAAAUUAGCACAAAAAGAUAAAUUGGACGCUAAUGACUUGUCUUAUGUGAAGAAAUCUCCAAAAGAAAAUCAAGGUGAUGUUCACUUUACUGAAAAGAUCCAGCCUGUAAACAAGGAUGUUGCUUCUCCAAAAACUAUCACUGAGAGCUGUGGUUAUAACCUGAAGAAAACAGAGAGCUCUUCUACUGCAGGUACAACUCAAUCUUCAGAAAAGAAUGAAGAUAUUGAUUGCAUCACUAACAAUGAUCGGUCUCAAGGUGCACAUGGGCAUUAUGAUAGAAAGGACAAUUCUGUUAGUUGUCACAGUCAAAAGAAGAUUGCUAAUGAUGCCUAUAUAGAUAGUCAGCAUGCAGGAGAGGAAUAUGGCAUUGAUGGUAAUCCUGUGAAACUUCAACUAGUAGGGAAAACUCAUGAUGGAGUAGUUAUGAAUAGGCCAAUAGGUAUAAACACCAUCAGUCCACAAAUAAAGACUGCAAAGAAAACUAAGGUAGAUAAUCAUUCUAAGAAGAAUCACAUAUCACUUUUUAGAAGUUCCAGUGAUGUGAGUACAGAGGGAGACAAUGGAAUUAAUUCCUACAUGGGGAGCUCAUCUUCAAAGGGGUCUGCUACCGACUCUUCAGAUUCAUAUGAUUCAGAUGCAGGAAGCAGAGACAAUAUAUCGAAGAUCCAGUCAAUAAAACCCCAGAAAGAUUGGGAACCUUCAACUAGUGGUGCACUGUUAUCAACUGCUGUUGGAAAGAAGAAAGAUAUUGGAGAGAAUGGUUCCAUUCAUUCCAAAUUUGUGCAUCUUCUUGCUAAAAAGACUGGUCUUGGUGAACUCUUCAAGAUUGCUCGUAACCAGCAAAAGCCUGAAUCUCAGCACUUUGGUGGUGAUUUCAUGGCUGAUGACUCUCCGACUGUUGAUAUGGUUUUGGAGACACAAGAAAGUCAGAUGGAUCCGGUUCUUUAUGCAUCUAAUAAUAGAGAGUCAAUCUCAUCUCCUAUAGAGCAGAUGAAGCAAAGGAAGAUGGUAAAACAUUGAAUGCUGAAGUACCGAAGGCCAACUCUACAUUGAAGGUGGAUGCUGAAGCACAGAAGACUAACUUUGUGUCAAAGUCACAUCCAGAAGAUAGUCAGAAAGUCUUAUGGAAAUCCAAUUCUCCUUUGCCAAUUAAUAAUUCUGUUCAUUUAAAAAAGCCUAGAAAAGCAUCUCAGAUGAAGUAGUGCCAGGGUUCUGGAAGGUGGAGUAAUUGAACUUUGGACUAAUUUUUGUAGUGCAGUGUAAGGCAGGUAAACAGCAUAGACACUCGAGAUUAUACCAUGGAGCCAGUCAUAAAACUAACCUGCGGCAAAGGAAUAUUGUGUGUCACAGCAUUAUCUUGAAGUUAAUUGAUUACAUGUUGCUCAGCUUUAUCAAAUCAUAAGCCUUUGCAGGGUAAUUAGUUGAGGACAGGUAUUGUAUGGCAUGAUGAAGCUAAGGAUGUUGUAAGUUGAUAAUGCAUGGUCAAACUGCUGCCAGAAGAAAAACUACAGAGGAUUAAGUUUGAUUCUUCUAGACUAGAAAAUUCCAGAGAAAUUUGAGGGUAGUGGUUAUAUAAAAUUUAUAGAAUAAUGAAGAGUUCUUUUUAUGAUAAUUGGAACACUGGUGCUUGAAGUAACUGUAGUUUCAAGAUGUGCUAUGUUUUGGUUUGCAGAGAUACUUGUUCUGUGUUUGGCAGAUGUGUUGUGGUGAUCUUGUAACUGUUUUGCGGCUGAAUGGCUGUUUUAAGCUAUUUAUAGAGACCAAGACAGAUUUUUGUGCUAGCUAGUUUAACAAUUUCGCAUCUUUAUAUUAAACAAUUCUUGUUUCAAAUGCAAAUUUGAAAACUUGAGAGGUUAUGAUUUAAGUGGCAAGUUGAGAUGAUUAAUACGAAAUCUUUGAAUUUAUGUUA